UGGCCAGGGGAAAAAAGUGAGCACUGCCGAAGCCCGUCCUUCCCUGUCCUGCGGCGGUCUGCUGGCUGGGGCGGGGGGGAAAAAGUCAAAAUCCGUCGGGAUCGCCAAAGCAGUGACGCAUAUUCAUCCAAGGGAACUUGAGGAUCAUUGAUUGGACUUGGCACAGGUUCUUUGUUUUUGCUGGAAGUCAUUAGUAUAAAUUGGGGGGGAGCUUCGUUUUGUCAGCACCACUAAAGUUAGAGACUAGAGGCAGGCGCUUGUGUUUGUGUGUCUCGCAAACUAGUUUAUGAUUUGAUAGUGCUUCAGGUCUACCGAAGUCUCCUUUGAUAACAAGUCUUUCUUUCUGAAAAGAUGACGCACUCCUUACGGGGCACCCUCCGCCUGCCUUUACCGCAGGCCCGGCAGGUCACCGUCAUGUCCCUGGUCGCCCUUGCGUGCUUCGUCUACGUAAGUGCCGAUAGCUGGUACUGCUCAGAUGUCUACAGCACCGUACAGUCGCUUUGCGACAGCUGUUAUGCCGGAUUCGACAAGAGAACCAACAGUAUAACCAGACCGAUAGAAGAGCCCUUUGUGGAACGUAAGAACGCCGUGGAUUUCUUCAAGCGCGGGACAGCAAGGGGGACCCGCCGGGGCAUAGUCGACGAAUGCUGCCAUAGGCAAUGCGCCGUGAGCGAGAUGAUGCUAUAUUGCUGUGAACAGAAACAACGGGAAUACUACACAUUCGUCGGUUGGCUGAAGCGGAGAUAAGAGGAGCAACUAAGACAGAACAACAAAGAAAGAACUAGACCUAUACGAUAGUUGAUUUUAUUUUUCUCUUUCACGUAAUGUACGGAAAUGCAAUUACUGACUGCCUUCUGCAAGAGGACGUGUUUCUUAUGAUUACGUUGUUGGACAUAUGUGCGCCUUUACAGAUGUUUAAAUUCUGUAUUUACAUUGGAACCCAAACGGUACGUAGACAGCCAUUUUAACCGUUGGGAAGUGUGCCUGUAAAAGGGGUUUCCGGAAGCUCUCCAAACAGGGACAGAACACAAAAUGUAACCUGUAGUUAGUGUGGUCGGGGAUUCAACUCCACACCUUAUAUUUCUUGCGUCGGAUUUAUAUGUUUUCAAACUGAAGACAUUAGCUUAUGACGACACAUUUACAACGCCACAAUUGCUCGCAUGCUAACGUUCAUUAAUGACGCCUUCUAUCCAUAACCAUGUCAAAGUCGCAAGCAAACAUGCAGGUUGUGCGCUACUUGCAACGUGGUUACUGAUGUUCUCUCGGGCUCAGACCCUUACAUGCACCAGUGCACACACUCAUUGACUACUGCAUCUGGCAAAACUGGAUAUUAACAUCUGCUGCCGUUUGUGUCUGUGUCAUUGAACUCGUAAUCCCUGGCACUCUGUUGAUGGCGCACUGUAUUACUGGCCCUAUAGUGAACUGGCCCUUUCUUCCAGACAGUGUCAAGGUCUUUAGCUCAUUUUCUCUCAGUAAUUUAAAUAUUGGGUAGAUUGAGACGAACUUCGUCCAAUUCAUCUUAAAAGUGAUUUUUGUUCAUCGUUUCAAACUUUGUGAUUUUUUUAUCAGUGAGACUGUUGCACGAUCUAAUUAAUCCUGUAUUGGUCGGAGUUACAGACACAAGUUAGGUAAUUAUUCAUGUAAAAUACUACUUCAUACAAAGCUCAAGCUGGAUAUAUUUGGUUGCUUUAAAACUAACCGCCGCACCGUUUUUAUUAAAACUUCGGUUUUGUCUUUAUGUGUGGAAUUUACUUUCGAAGACGAUUAAUGCUACCAAUGAAAUUCUACAAGGCAAUGGCUUGCUUUUAGGCGUGUGGUUGUAAAUGUGUUUCCUUCAAAUCGUGUUAAUUCUACUGGUGAAAAUUUUCAUUCAAAAGUAAGUGCCGCUUUGCCAUCAUUUUGCAUACUUGUCAUUGCUUGUCUUUGCGAAGUGUAUAUAAUGAGUACUUGUUGAAUUCUGUCGGAAAUAAAAAAAAAUGUGCAGGCUUUAA